UGUUGCGCUACAGCUGUUCUUUGCCAUUCGUUAGCGCUCGUUUUUCGUGUUUUGCUUCGUUGGGGCUGGAUUAUUUUCCUUUGGGGCCGUUGGGCCGCAUAGUUUGUCUUUCAUUCGAUUCGUGGCGUCCGGACGCGUCGCUGCCGUUGUAAAGUUGCGUCGGCGGUGCGACAUUGUUGUUUACGUGGUGUAAGCGAGUGUAAUAGUGUUUGUGUUUGUUCUCAGCGGGAGUUUCGACAUACCGCAUUGUUUAAUUACACCCGCGGCGGCUAAUUUCGAUGCUAACGCAAAGCAAAGCAGGGUGUGAAUAAAAUUAUGCUAAAAUAGAUAGUCAAAGCAGCGAAGCAACAGGGUAAAAAGUGAACAAAAACAGCGAAGCCGGCAUUGGAGGAGCCGAAAAUAAGUAGAGAAACAAACCAAUAAAAACAAAACGCAGCUGCGGAGUCAGCAGAGCCACAUUCCAGCCAUCGGCCGUCAGAUCACCCGGCGGAGCAGCCUCCAACCGCGGGUCACCGAGAUUCUUACUUCACCCCCAAAGACCCAGCAGCAGCAGUAGCAGCAGCACCGAAAAAGGCUUCACCAUGAAGCUUUCGCUGGGGGUUUUGUUUAUCUGGCUGGCCUUGGGCCAUGCCAAUGAAGAGACGAAUCUACCGCCAGUCUUUACGCAAACCCUGAACAACAUUGUUCUGUAUGAGAAUGUGCCUGUGGGAACGGUGGUGUUCACGUUGGAGGGCUACGACCCGGAAGGCAGCCCGGUGACCUUUGGCGCCAUUGGAUCGGAUCACUUCAGUGUGGAUCCCAUUUCCGGAAACAUUACCCUUGUCGAGCCACUGGACCGUGAGGAGAAGGACAGCCUUAAGUUCUUGGUCUCGAUCCGAGAUCGCGUGGACCCCGAGGGGGAAUCCGAGAAGGACAACAUCGUUCAAGUGCCAAUCACCUUCAUCAUUCUCGACAAGAACGACAAUGCGCCAGAGUUCCAGAACACACCCUAUGAGGCUGAUGUGAACGAAGACGCCAAGGUGGGCACAACCAUUUUUGACAGGAUCCUAGUUAAGGACCGGGAUAUAGUUGGCGACAGCUUGGACUUGAAGUGCCUGCCUCAGCAGCAAAGUCCCGAGGCGUGCCAGAAGUUCCGGCUGCAGGUGACGAAACAGGAGGCGACAGUUCUGGAUGCUGCCGUGGUGCUAAAUGACACUUUGAACUACAACCAGCGGAUGGUGUACCACUUCCAGAUCGAGGCCACCGACGGCCUCCACAAAACCCAAACCACCUUCGAGGCUAGGGUGAAGGAUGUGCAGGACAAGCCGCCCGUUUUCCAGGGAUCUCUCUCCACGGUAAUCGACGAGGACAGCCCCAUAAACACUUUGGUGCUGACUGUGCAUGCCAGGGAUGGUGACACAGGGGAGCCGCGCAAGAUAGUUUAUGAUCUGCUCACAAAUCCUAGUGACUACUUCCUGCUGGACGCACAUUCCGGGGAACUGCGCACCGCCAAACCUCUGGAUCGGGAGGCUCUGGAAGACUCCACCGGAAUCAUUUCACUUGGUAUUCGGGCCCGGGAGCUUGUAAACGGAGUGCCUAGCGACGAUCCACUGACCAGUGCCACGGCCAAGGCUACUGUUACCAUUCGGGAUGUGAACGAUUCCCCGCCAGUGUUCAACCGCAAGGAGUACGCCGUGUCCCUCCUGGAAAACACGCCCCCCGGUACACCCCUGGCCCUGGACAUGAGUGUCAGCGACGCGGACGUGGGCGUCAACUCAAAGUUCGCCCUGCGCCUGGAAGAUGUGUCUGGGGUGUUCGAUGUAGAGCCCAAGCUGGUCACGGGCUACUCCCAGGUAAACAUUCGCGUGGCCAACGGAACUCUGGACUACGAGAACCCCAACCAGCGUAAGUUCAUUGUGCUGGUGGUUGCGGAGGAGACUGAUACGAAUCCCCGCCUGUCUUCCACCGCGACCAUUACGGUGAGCGUCUUGGACGCGAACGACAACAAGCCCGUUUUCGAGAGAGACAGCUACUCAGCCUCCAUUUCGGAGGCGGCACUGCCUGGUCAGUACAUUGCAACUAUAACGGCCAAGGAUGUGGACUCCGGCAGCUAUGGGGAUUCCGGAAUCCGGUACAGCCUCUCUGGCACUGGCGCCGAACUGUUCCACGUAAACGAGCAGACGGGCGUCAUCAGCCUGGCCAACUGCCAUGGCGAAGGGGAGGGCAGUCGACGCGAACGGCGGGAUCUGGCGGAAGGCGAGCUGGAGUACGGGUCGGCAGAGGGUCACCUGGAAACGCGGUCCGUGGAGGAGGCUCCCAGGGAAAUAAGCACUGAGCCCACGGUUCAGUACACGCUAAUCACGCAGGCGCCAGAGCAUCCAGCCGCUCCAGAAGUGCCAGCUUCAGUUCCAGUUUCGUCAGGAGACGUUGCUGGAGCUCCCGCGGCGACUGCUAAUGACGACAAGGCUCCGCAGACGUGUCUGGACUACGAAACGGAGAACACGUACUUCUUGUCAUACAAGGCCACUGAUGACAAUGGUAGCGGCUCAACGUCAGUAGUUUCCCUUCGAAUUUCCGUAACGGACGCCAACGACUCGCCCCCCGUUUGCGAAAGUCCUCUGUACAGGGCGAGUGUGGACGAGGGAUCUGUGGUUUUCGACUCCCCGCUGAUUGUGAAAGCCCGGGACGCGGACACAAUGUCCAGCAUAAGCUACAGGAUCCGUGGAUCCGAGCAGGUGGAGAGCAUUUUCGACAUCGACCGCGAAAGUGGCCAGAUCAGUAUCCGGCCGAAUGCCAGCCUGGACGUGACCAACCUGAACAGCGACCAGCUAAUCUUCGUUGUGGAGGCCCACGACGGACUCUUCACGGCCAGCUGCGGGGUUAACAUCACCGUGAGGGAUGUGAACAACCACGUUCCCAGCUUCGAUCAGGAAUCCUACAACGCGGUGAUCGAGGAGAACUCGGAGAUCGGUACAACGGUGGAGAGGGUGCAUGCCACGGACCUGGACACGGGCAAAAAUGCGGAGCUGCGCUACCGCAUCCAGCAGGGAAGCUUCGAUGACUUCGGAAUCGACGAGCGUACUGGGCAGGUGUUUGUUUCCCGGAAACUUGACUUCGAUCGGCGCAACACCUACCAGUUGCAGGUGCAGGCUUCCGAUCUGGGCACUCCAAGUCUCACCGGGACCGCCACUCUGACGAUCAACGUCCAGAACAGCAACGACAAGGAUCCCUAUUUCGUGCCCGCCACUCAGCACGCAGAGGUCCGAGCGGAUGCCCCUCCUGGGCAGCUGGUGCACACUCUGAUUGCUCUUGAUCCUGACGUGGCCAGCCACAAUGCCUUGGAGUUCGCAGCCACUGACGACAUAACAGCAAUCGACAAGGAGGGCAAGGAGCUGCCGCACAACGAUCAGUUCAAGGAGUACUUCGCCAUCGCCAGGAACGGAAAGGUCCUUGUGAACAAACAGCUGGACCGGAAUCUGUUUGCCGUCAUGCGCAUCAACGUCCUGGUUACAGACAGUACAGCCCCCAACGUGCAACAGGGUCGUGGUCUGCUGAUAAUUCAGAUUAUAGAUGUCAAUAAGAUUCCACCGCGUUUCAACGCCCCGUGGAGUGUGGAGCAACCCCAAAUCAAGCUGCAAAUAGUGGAGGAGCAGCCGAUCGGCACAGUACUGACUACCCUGCAGGCCACUGACGAGGACUCAAGCAUUGGCGAGUUUAACAUAAGCGAAAAUGAUUACUUUGCCAUCAACCAAACCACCGGAGUGAUAUACACCAUUGCACAAUUGGAUUACGAGGCGGUAAAGGAGGUGAAGUUCCUGGCCACCGUCAGCGACACCGGUGUGCCUGCCCUCACAGCCACCGCCGAUGUGGUCGUGGACAUUAUUAACUUGAACGACAACGAGCCAAAGUUUACCCAGUCGGACUACUACUUCAAUAUUACGGAGAACUCGACGCGGGGCACAGUGGCCGGGAAGGUGGAGGCCCAUGACGGCGAUGUGGGCGUCUUCGGUGAGAUCACGUACACGCUGAUAGGGGAGAACAACAAGUACUUCAGUAUUGAUGCCUAUACGGGCAAUGUGAUGGUGGCCAAUUCCUCCAUCCUAGACCACGAGCAGAUCAAGGAGCUAACUCUCUCGGUAGUGGCCCAAGAUAAGGCUCCUGCUACUGUCCAAAAAUCGGCAACAGCCACGAUCCACAUCAACAUCCUGGAUGUGAACGACAAUGCUCCUGUUUUUACCCGAGAUGUCUACAACUCCACGGUAGCCGAGAACGCCGCCUAUCAGCCGCCAGCUGCUCUGCUCCAGGUCCAGGCCAUCGACCAGGACGAGGGUCUUUAUGGAGACGUUCGCUACAUAAUAACGGCCGGCAACGAAAUGGCCCUGUUCAAACUAGACGCCCAGUCGGGCAUCGUCUAUCCCGCCCAGAGCUUGGCUGGAAAGCACGGUGUCUACGAGCUAACCAUCUCGGCGCGGGACACCCAGGGAUCUGGUACCAUGGAGAGCACGGCAACGGCUACGAUUACAGUUCUGAGAGUCAAUCGCCACAAGCCGGAGUUUUUGAUUCCCGCACUAUCCAAUGCCACUAUUGAGAUCCCCGGGGACAUUGUCCAGCCAGAUUAUCUUCUCCUGACUGUCAAGGCGGCGGACAACGAUACGGAGGAGAACGGAAAGAUCAGUUACCAUCUGCAGGUAAACAACAGGAAUGAGCAGCAAACAGGGGAGUUCAAGAUCGACGAAGUUACGGGAGAACUGCGAGCCAGAACCCAGCUGAAUCGCAAGAAUAGAGCCAACUACGACAUUAUUCUGGUGGCGAGAGAUGCCGGCAAUCCGCCUUUCGAAUCUCUGCGUCUUCUAAGCGUCAGCAUUGUGGAUGCGAAUGAAAACCGGCCGGAGUUCCCCGAUGCCUCAAAUCCCUACAAGGUGUCGAUCAAUGAGAACAGCGGCCGGGAUGUUAAGAUCGGUCACAUCCAGGCAGCCUCCAGGAGCAAGCACAACCGGGACAUUUUCUACUACAUGCUACUGGGUAACGAGGACGGGGCUUUCUACGUGGACAAACUAACAGGAGACAUUUACACCAACAAAAGCCUCGACCGGGAACAGACCGACUCCUACACUCUGUACAUCUUGGCCAGCAUCAAGGCGGACCUGCACAUUUCUGAAGAGGAAAGAGCCGCCUUCUCCAUCAAGACCCUGAACCGCGACAGCACUGUGGCCAAGGUGGCCAUCACUGUGCUGGAUGUGAACGAUAAUCCCCCUAUAUUUGAGAAGCUUGUAUACUAUGCCGGGGUCAAUGCCAAUGCUAAGAUGGGAGCUGCUAUUGCCCUCGUAAAUGCCACGGACGCGGACCAGGGAAAGAACGCCAAGAUCGAGUACAUGAUCGUGGCCUCCAAUCUGUACAAGUUUGGCGCCAGCAAGGCCACAGGGUCGAUUGUGCCCAGCCCGUUCGCGAUUUCGCAAGACGGCCGCAUCACUGCCAAUACCAUAAUGGCCGAGUACAACCAGGAUCACUUCGAGCUGGAGAUCAUCGCCCGCGAGAUAGAGCAACCACAGCGUUCGGCCAGCACCAAAGUCAAUAUUUGGGUAUUUGAUGGAACCCAACUGGUCCGUGUGAUUCUUUCCCGUCCCCCGGAAGAGGUCUAUCAGGAGCAGGAAGAGAUCAUAGCCGAGCUGCGCAACGCCACCCAGCAUCGCAUUAUCGUCGACGAGAUUCGUUUUCACUUAGACUCCAUUGGUCGCAUUCGCAUGGACUGGUGCGAUCUAUACUUCCAUGCGGUGGAUCCAAAAACCCAGCAAAUAGCUCCUGUUGAUGAGAUACUCAAGGAUAUAGACAGGAAUUACGACUACUUGAAGGAUUACUAUGCUGGCUUUGCCAUUGAGAACGUGGUGCCGGCCUAUAUAGCCAUUGUCCAGGAUGAGUUUGAUUUGGCCGUAGCUGGUUUGGUAGCUCUGGUCAUAGUGCUAUUCGUUGGGGUCAUCAGUUUCAUCGUUCUCUGUUGCUGCCUGAAGCACUGGAACCUUUCGGUUCCGGUGGAAACGCGACGAAAGGAGGCUCUGAUUAAAAAACAGAUUAUCGAAGACCUUAACACCACCGAGAACCCACUGUGGAUCGAACAAAAACUUAAGCUCUAUGAGGAGCAAGAGCUGACUAUGCAGGUCUUCUCGGAGCCUGAUCACAUCUCUAACUCGGAAGCGCCGGGCCAGCUGGAUCACCGCUGCCUACCGGUGGUCGACCAUGUUGGUCAGUCGGUGGAUAACACCUACGCCACCAUUCAGCCCCGAAGCAACCAGAACCGUCUCACCGGCGGUGGAGCCGGCAGUGGGUCUAUGCGCAGUGGUGGGGCUAGUGCCGGGGGUGUGGCUGGUGCCGGGUUGCUCCUGGCCCGGGUUGACCCACACAUGAACGAGUUUGCGGACUACGCCACACUGCGUAACAACCGAGCUCCUUCGCUAUACGAGUUUACGGGAUCCACAUUCCAGGCCCCCAUCCGGGACGGCGACGAUGCUGUGGCCGAGCUCAUCUAAGCCUUGUCGGGACCAGCAGAAGCUGCCCAAGGCGAUGUGUAAAUUAUGUAGUAGCUGUGUAUCGUGUAGUUUGUCGUGGUUUUUUUCGACCGAAUUGGUUCCGUUGCAUCUUUGAGUCCGCCGUUGCGUAUACACCAUCAAAUAUUCUAGACACGUACAUAGGCACUUUGAAAAUACUUAUAUAUCGACAACGUAAAUAUAUACAUAGCGUAGUUGUAACUGGUAAGCCAGCGUUUAACUAGAACCCAGGACAGAAAUUCAAGAGCCCAUAAUGGAAAUUCUCCCGCAUAAAUAAUGACAAUAAUAUAUAUGUACUAUUAUAUAUUGACAAUGUCUAGCCGUAAUGAAACGAUAUGAAUAUGUAAGAGUUACUAAUGUACGUCUGCAUUCGCAUUUGCACCUACACGGUUCAGUCUACUCGAAUAUUUCCGCGAUAUUAGUUUAAAUGACAGCCUAAGUUGUACCACUAAAAAGACUAAAUUAUUCGCUCUUCCAAUUCCGUAUUAUAUUAAGUUGGCCCGCUAACACUUAGCUCAAUAGAUUAUAGUUUAAUUAGCCAAACUUGCUCAUACUUAUAAGUUUAUAAUUUUAAGUUGGAGAGAAUUGGAAUCGUGCAACGAAUUAAGUUACCAUUGACCGCUGUCCAGGUCCUCACGGACAGAGCCAGAAACUCAUUUGUGUUUGCAUUUACAUCAAAUAUAUUAUAUAAAUAACUAA